AUGAGCAGGCCGCUAUCCUUCGACCAGGUGACAAACAACCUAGAGCAGAUCCUUGCGGACCCGUCGACCCCCCUCGAUGUUCACCUCAUUGACAAGCUAGGAGCCGAGGUGGUAGCCCAGACGGACCAUGGCCUCUCCAAGAAACUGAUCACCCUCAUAUCCCGCGUCCUUCCGGUGCUACAGGAGGACCCAAGCCCCGUCGCAACCCUAGCAACAAAAGUAGCACAGUACCUAAGCUUUUCAGAACUUCAGUCAAUUGAUCCCCGUAUCAAUUUCGUUGCUGGAAUCAGGGCCGGGUCUCCCGCAAUCAAUACCCUCGUACUUUGCCUAGUUGUAAAGGCAAGCGAGUCUCCAAACCAUGUUGCUGAAGUUGCUAGAAACGCAGAAUUGGUCGGGUCUAUUGUAGAGCUAUGGCUGUCGACCGAUGACUCUGGAGUAUCGCAGGCCGCUUUUGACGUACUCUGGUCUCUACUAGAGGCGGACCACUUAGUUUCAAAUAACGCAAACGGAGGACCCAAGAAUGAAUCUCUGCAGAAUGGACCAAUGUGGCAGAGGAUAUUUGCGGACAAAUCUAUCUAUAGGCUCCUCUUUUCGAUAUGUUCCUUGCGCACGGUAGGACAAGAUGGACAGAUCAGUGCUCGACAAAAGACAGUUGCUCAGGGGAGACUGAUGGAGUUCAUUGUCAAAGUUGGGUCUGUCAGCUGGAAUGCCAUAUCGAGCUCACACUUCGCUGAUGUUGAAUCUACCUUCCAGAGCGAGAGCUUGCUGAGCUUUGCCGCUCUUCAGAUGGUCGACACGAGCGACCUCUUACUCCAUAUGACUCUCCUACAAUUUUUCCGACAGCUGCUUGAAGUCAAUGCUCCUGGACUACAUUAUAGGCCCAGCAAGGCAUCUAGCUCAAUACCCUCAUUCUCAUCUCCAUCUCUAGAAUUUCUUAUCACAAAUGGUAUACAUAGGAGGGUAAUCAAUUACUACCUGGACCCUUCCACCCUUGACUCUGCCACUGCAAGUUUCCUUGCCGGCCCUGUGAUGGCAUAUGUUUCUGCCUAUGCAGCCCUCUAUCCAAACCACCUACUACAAGAACACCAGGCACAGCUGGAUCGGCUGUGCUCUCGCAUACUAAAAGGAUUCAAAAUACCAUCCGCUCAGUGGGCUCAUGGCCCUGUACCCGUGGGAGAUCUCGAUAUUUUAGCUUCUCUUCCACGAGUAAUGUUGGUUGAAUCUAGCAAAAGAGGCCUGAACCCACUACUCGCUAUUCCUUCAAAGCCCUUGCACAUUGAAACCUUGAUGUGUUUAGGGAAGAUAUUUCAUGGGCCACCUCCCGCUGAAGACGCGAUGGAUAUUGAUCAGGCCAUUAACAGAGGUCCAAACCCUACCAGCUCCAGAGCUGAGACAGUGGCCUCAAGAAUCCUUUAUUUUCAGUAUUUAAACAGCCACCCGGGUUUCUGGUCCAACAUCGUCGAAGCUGCGGAGACAAUAGCUAUGCAAGAGACUGCAAUAGCGUCUAUAAACUUGAUAAAGAGUGUUGUAACAGCCAACUGGACCGUUCUCUCCUCAGCUGAAGAUGCAAGUACAUUGACAUCUGGUCGGUUCACACUGCCAACGGAGUCUGUAGUCAGCCAACUUGGCCCAUCCUCUCAAGGAAAUCUCCCCGUCAGUGGAGCAUGGGCGUUACUUGUUCCACCAGCCCUGACUGUUGUUUUACCAUACCUUUUUAAGCAGCCCCCAUCCUAUGCUGAUUUCGUUGCCGGAGGAGCCGGAGACACCGAGAGUGCUGUAUGGCGGAUUGCCACCGCGAAGUAUGAUGCCCUUGUCACUCUCCAUUCAGCUGUUCAGAAAAUGGAGAGUUCUACUGGAAGCCUCGAUGAUAUUAAACGAACAUUGAAGCGGAGAGUGGCAGAAGGACCCAUGGGUGCUCCGAACCAACUUGGAAGCAGAAUUGAAGCCCUCGAACUAUAA